AUGGGCGAUAAUACAAAUCCAUACACACGGUCUAAAUACUACAGUGAUGAGGAAUCUGACGGUGGAUAUAAUCCUUCAGCUGUUGGUACUAAUGGUGCAAUAGAAAAUAAUGAAUACGAUGUAGUACCUCGACUUUCUCCAAAUACGCCUGUGUACCACCCAACUAAGUCAAUUCUAAGUCAUCCCGAUGAUGAUUCUGAGUCUUUGAGUAGUGUCGAACAGGAUACUCUUCGCAAUAAAAGUGAAUCUUCUCAUAAUAUAAGAUAUGAGCUCGAUGACGAGAUUAAUGAGUUUGGUCCCCCGUCUAAAGUGCGAAAAGUGAUGCCUAGUGACGUGGCUAAAGGUGAAGUCGCUGAUAAAAGUGGUGAUGCUGAUGAUAAGUUGGGUAUGUUCGACGACAGUUCGGAUGACGGCGAGAAGGCUGAUGGGGACAAAACUGGUGCAGAUUUUGAAGGUUUCGAUGGCGACGAACCAGGAGCGAAAGAUAUGAUAGCCGAUAUUUUUGGGGAGAGUGAUGCCGAAGGUGAUGGAGAUUUCGAAGGUUUUGCAGAAAAUGAGGUCGAGAAAGAGGUGGUUGCCACCUUACUAAAUGACGAUGUAGACCUUGCUGGGCAGCUAUCCAAUAAACGUGAUAAUGACGGUGAGAACAAUGACAAUGAAUCUGGUAGUCAUAGCGAAGGUGGAACUUCCUUGGUUGCUAUUUUCGAUGAAAUUGUGGAGAAGAUGCGAAGGGAAAGAAGGCGUCGCAGGCGAAAAAAUGUAGAUUUUCUCAACGACUUGGAUGAUGUUGUUCGUGAUAUCGUCAAUCGUAUGCGGGAUGCAGCUGAGGAGGAUCGAAGACUUUUGGCCAGUAAUAAACCUGCAAUUAAGAAGGUUGGUAUGCUCAAGGAUGUUGAACAAUUGCUCCUUAGAGCUGAUGCCGGUCAAGCUCUUAUUGAUAAUGGAAUGCUCACUGCCAUUGCUGAGUGGCUUUCUCCUGUCUCGGGUAGAAUCCUCCCCUCAUUGUCUAUUAGAGAUUGUCUCCUUAAACACCUCAAGGAAUUUCAUAUCGAAGAGACUGAUUUACUAAAGGAAUCAGGUAUUGGAAAGGCCGUCAUGUUCAUCUAUAAGCAUCCCUUGGAAACUCCUGCCAAUAAAAAACUCGCAUAUUCCCUCAUAACUGCCUGGUCGAGGCCGAUAUUUAAGCUUCCAUUGGACUACAGUAGUCUUUCUAGGGAAGAGCGUAAAGAAAUGGAUCUUCGAAAUCUCAAUAGACACCGAGUUACUGACGAUAAAAAAUCGAAGGAAGAAGAUGAAGAGUCAAGCCGUCCUCUCAAACCAGGAGAUGAAGGCUUCAUAGCCCGAGCUCGAGUUCCCCAGCCCUCCAAUAAGGAUUAUGUUAUCCGUCCCAAGUGGAAAGUGCCAGCCGAAUCGACGAGAUCCGACAGCGACGAUGGAGAAACGGAUGAACAAAAUGCGAAUAGGCCUUCCACUUCAACUCAGCGUCGACGUCGGGUCCAACCGUCUGUUUCCUCUGGUGUUUCUUCCACUAAACGCCUUGAGAAACACAUUAAGAACAUCAGUAGAGCUGCUGAAAUGAAUAGAAAACGACGAUAUGUUGGCGCGGUUAGGAUGUCCGUUGAAGGCAGAAAUAUGCCCUUGUAA